UAUCCCUAAUUAACCCUGGAAAAAGAACAUAAGGAGAAGAAGCAAUAAGAUGCAGGCUUCCAAGGAAACAUCUUAUGAAGAUUUUGAGCCUUUGUGCAAAUGGAGAAGGGAUCAAAACUGUGACAAGCUUGAAGUCCAUCUUCAAGGAUUCAAAAGGCAGCAAUUGAAAGUUGAGAUUCACAGUUCUGGGAUCUUGGAAAUUUAUGGAGAACGUCUAAUGGAAGAAGGUAAAUCGAAAAGAAUAAUAAGCAGAUUCAGGAAAGAAUUCCCAGUUUCAGAAGAUUAUCAACGAACCCAAAUUCAUGCAAAGUUCUAUAACGGCAUUCUUCAUCUGGUAAUGCCUAAACAAAUUCCCACCAUUUCUGCUGCUGGUGAUGAGAAUAAUGAUGGUAAAGCUUCAAGUAGUGGCACGUCAUAUCUAACUUGUUUAAUGAAGAAUAAAAAUAUAGCUUUGGAAAUCAUGAUAUUAGCAAUUUCUUUGGCAAUUGUUGGGGCUUAUGUAAAGAAAUAUUGUCAAUGUUCUUUGGAAUAAAAGUUGUACUUAAUUUGUAAUUUCAGCAUCACAUAUAUGUAUCCAUACAGUAUGCUUAAUCUA